AUGAAACCUUUGAGACCUUACGAAACUGUUCCCAACAACUAUAAUACUAAUAAUCAUUCAUUCAUGAAAAGUGUGAUUCGUAAUAUCCGUGAGUGAUUCCCAAUCACCCCACCUUUCGAAAGAAGCGCUAAUCCCCUGAGGUUCCCAGAGGCCAGGAUCCCUCGGGAAGAAAGUAAGAGCCCUUCACCGAUCUCUUUCACCUCUCACUCAGCCGGGCCCCUUUCUUUACCACCUCGGCCACUGUCACUUUAUGAGCUGGGUGUUGGUCUUUAA